AUGGAGUUUCAACGGAAAACUGUCGAUGCAAUAAUUUUACCUAAUCCAUUCAAUCGAUAUACAUAUAAGUAUAUUGCUUUAACUAAUUCACAAAAAUCAGUACGUGAACUUAAAUUAGCACUUGCUCGUCUUAUGAAUUUUAUACAAACAUCUAAAAUUCAAAUUCCAACAUCUCUUCAUAUUCGACCGGUUCUUAAAGCGCAUGAUAUAAAUGAUGAUUUCUUAGAAGCCGAAGGUGAAUGGAUUCGUAAACCAGUGAAAAAAGUAUCUAAACCGGUUAUUCAUCAAACUGACAAUGACGAUGAUGAUGAUGACGAUGAUAAUAACGGUGAUUUUAUUGACAUUAGACAUACUGUUGAACCUCAACCUCAACCUGCAGAUCAAUCUCAACCUGUAAAUAUAACUAAUUCAUCAGUAGAUAUUAUUGAAGAACCUUCAAAAUCUUCGUCACGUCAACAAAAGAAAAGAAAAGAACUACCAAAAACAAAAUCUACAAAAAAAUCUUCAAAACAAAAUCGUCGACAAAACGAUGUAUCCAUAACAGAAAAUCCAUCAAUAAAAUUAGAUGAUCUUGCUAAUGAACUUGAAAUUGCUUUAUCACAAUCUUAUCAACAACAACCACAACAACAAAAUACUCAUCAAUUAGUUUCUUGUCUUAGUGAUGAUGAUGAUGAAGAAGAUAAAAUACAAAAGUCAGAUAAUCAAUCAUUAUCAAUGCCUAUGUUUAGUCCUAUUAGUUUACAACCAUCAAUAAUAAGUUCUACAAUAUCAAUAAUAGAUAAACCAACGAAAUCGAUUUCAAAUGCUUUAUGUUUCUUUAGUGAUGAUGAAAAUGUACAAGAAACAUUAUCACCUAUUAUUGAACAACAGUCAAUAUCUACUUCAUUACACGUUGAUAGUAUUACUCCAAUGGAUAUUGAAACAUUCGAGAAACCAACAAAAUAUAUGUCAUUUCUUAGUGAAGAUGAUGAUGAUGAUCAUAAUAAUAAAUCACAUACAUUCAUAUCAACUUCGUUUACUAAACAAAAAUCUAUUAAUCAAGAAUAUAUUUCUUCGUUAGAUUCUAAUCAAUCAAUUAUCAAUAGUGAUAAUUAUAAAUUACAAUCGACAGAUAAACAAUUAAUAACUCAUAUUUCUGCAACUGAUGUAUUACAACAAUCUUUAUCAUCUAUUGAAGAUUUAUCAUCAAACAAACAAAUAGAAACAAUCUCUGAAAAUUUUCAAGAUUCGUUAUUAAAUGAUAAACAACAAACAACAUCAUCCAAUAUUGUAAAUACUCUUGAUUCAAAUCGUAUUCAAAUUGUUUUGCGUUUAUUAAAUGUUUUAACACAAAUACCAGUACCAUUGAAACCAUUACGAUUGGUUCGCCGUCGUAUUCGACAAAAAAAGAAGGCCGAAGAACAAAUUUCUAUAUUGGCGGAUAAUAAAUCUUAUGAUAGAAAAGAAGAUACAACAAUUAUUCAAUUACCAGAACAUUCAAAUUUUGAACAAAUGGUACAACAACCAAAACCCAUUGCAAAAAUUAAUACAAUAAUCGAUGACAUACCGGAUAGUCAAGUUUUUAUACCUGUGGAAGACGAACCAAAAGAUUCUAAAGAAAAUACUAUAUCAAUCAACGAAAUAUCAAAUGAUCAAGUUUCUAUAUCAAUGGAAGAACAUUCGAAAUCCAUUAUAGACAAUAGUACAACAUCUAGUCACAUAUCGGAAAGUCAAAUUUCCAUCUCUAUGGAAGAAGAAUCAAAAAAUUCUAAAGAAAAUGAUAUAAUAACUAAUACAAUGCGAAGUGAUCAAGGUUCUAUAUCAAUGGAAGCACAACCAAUAACUUCGGAAGAAAAUGAUACCGUGAAUAGUGAAUUACCAAAAGACCAAAUUCCUAUAUCAACAGAAGAACAUCCGAAAUCCAUCAUAGAAGAUACUAUCACGUCUAUUCACAUACAGAAAACCCAUAUUGUCAUACCAAGAGAACAACAAUUAGAAACUUCUGAAGAAAAUAAUGAAGUUAAAAAUGAGAUAUCACAAGAUCAAAUUUCUGUAUCAACGGAAGAACAUUCAAAAUCUAUUACAGAAAAUAAUACAACAUAUAUUCACAUACUGGAAAGUGAAAUCGUUAUACCAACAGAACAACAAUUAGAAACUUCUCAAGAAAAUAAUAUAGUAAACAAUGAAAUAUCGAAAGAUCAAGUUUCUAUGUUACCGGAAGAACAUCCAAAAUCCAUGACAGAAGUUACUAUCACAUUUGAUCAUAUACCGGCAAGUCAAGGUUUCAUAUUAAUAGGACAACAACCGAUAAUUUCUGAAGAGAAUGAUAAUUCUCAAGAAUACAAUUCAACAAUUAACGCCACAGAUGAAGUACAACAAAAUCCUGUUGAAGAGAUUAAUAUUAAUGAAGAAUUAAAAAUAGAUGAAAAAUUUUCAAUGAUGCCAAAAUCUCCAGAAUUCGAGCCUAUUGUUGACUCAAUCAAUAUCGGACAAACUUCGCCAUCUAAAAUUGAAUCAGUAAAAUCAAUACCUCUGCCAAUCUUAGAAAUAUCUAAGAAAUCUUUAUUAAAACCUUUUCAAAUUUCAAUUAUUAAUCGUCUUCUUAAUACAUUAAUAAAUCUGCCUGUAAAACCUCUUAGUCUUCCAAUGCCAUAUCCAUUACGAAAGCGAAAACGAAAGACCGUUCUUAAUAAGCCACGUGUUAUUCGUCCUCAACAAAUAUCAAAGCAAAUAUCUCGUUCAUCAAAUCGUAUGCAAACUCGAUCAUUAAAUUCUAUUCGAACAUGUAUUGCACGUUGUAAUCAACCAACACCAGUAAAUCGAAAACGAACAGCUACUGAAUUAAUAUCAUCAUUACCACCAAUACCAAAACGAAUGAAAUCUACAAGAAUAGAACAACAAAAAUACCAUAAUGAAUAUGAACUAAUUAUUAAAUUUCUUAAUUCAUUUUCAAAAGAAAUUAAUGAUGAUUUAAGAAAAUUUCUUCAACAAAAAUUACAUGAAGAUAUUUUAUUAUUUAAUGAUAAUAUAUAUCGAAUUUUUAGUGAUUUAAUGAUUUAUAAAUGUGAUAUUAUACUUCCACUAGUCAAAAAUCUUCAUGCGUAUGAAGAAUCUAUUAAAUUAUUAUUAGUAUAUAUUCAUAGUCAAUCAUCAGUAUUUCAACAAUAUUUUAUUACAAAAUUACAACAAGCAUUUGAAUUUGAAAUCAAACAACAACAGAUAUCCAAUAAUCGAAUUAAAGUUUUGAAUCGAUUAUUCUUUCUCACGUGCUCGAUAUUUUCAACAUCAUCAAUAAUUAUUUAUGCUUGGUUAUUUGAUAUAGGUUAUUAUUUAUCACAUGAUAUUCUUAUUGAUGCAUUAACAUUUAUUUCAAAUGUAUGUUCAUCAUUAAUUUCAACUGAUUCACAAACAAGUUCAUCAAAUAUUUUACUUCAUCAAAUUUUAUUUGAUAUAUUACAAGAUAAUAAAUUUCAUAUAUCAUAUGAAUAUUUAGAAAAUCUUCUCAUUGCUUAUCAUAAAUAUACACAUGAUCAAGAAGAUUUAAUACGUUGUUUUAUAUUAAUAUCUCGAUCUCAAUCAUGGUUAUGGUGUUCAAAUGAAUUAUGUAUGAAAUUUUUAAUUCCUUUAUUAAAUAAAAUUGAUGACCAACAUCAACAACGUAUAAUUAUUUUAACAAUUUUACAAUAUAUCGUAUUUAUAUAUAAAGAUAAUGAAGAUUUUAAACGAGAUAUUGCAUUUCAUAAUCAAAUCAAACAAUCACUUCUUUCAUUAAAGACAGUAGAUAGUCAUGAAUGUACUGUACGCGAUAAACUUUUUUUCAUUCUUCAUACUUGUUAUUAA